GGUGGCGCGGAGCGAGCGAGCGGGCGGCCGGCGAUGGGCGAGGGCGCGCUGGCCCCGGGCCUGCAGCUGCUGCUCCGCGCCUGCGAGCAGGGUGACACCGACACGGCGCGGCGCCUGCUGGAGCCAGGCGCGGAACCGGUCGCGGGGCCCGAGGUGGGAGCGGAGCCGGCAGGGCCCGAGGCGGUCCGGGCAGCGGAGGAGGCCGGGGCGCCGGUGCCGGUGGACUGCUCGGAUGAGGCGGGCAACUCGGCGCUGCAGCUGGCCGCGGCCGGUGGCCACGAGCCACUCGUGAGGUUCCUGCUGCGCCGCGGAGCGUCGGUCAACAGCCGCAACCACUACGGCUGGAGCGCGCUCAUGCAGGCGGCCAGGUGUGGGCACGCGAGCGUGGCCCACCUCCUUUUGGAUCACGGAGCUGACGUCAACGCUCAGAAUCGGCUGGGUGCCAGCGUGCUCACUGUGGCUUCUCGAGGCGGCCACCUGGGUGUGGUGAAGCUGCUACUAGAGGCAGGGGCCAUUGUGGACCACCACGACCCUUGUGACGAGUCACCGGCAACGGGAGGCAGCAGGGACGAACUGCUGGGCAUCACAGCCCUGAUGGCCGCCGUUCAGCAUGGGCACGAGGCCGUGGUACGCCUGCUGAUGGAGUGGGGUGCGGACCCCAACCACACAGCCCGGACUGUGGGCUGGAGCCCUCUGAUGCUGGCCGCCCUCCUCGGGAAGCUCAGUGUGGUGCAGCAGCUGGUGGAGAAGGGGGCCAACCCUGACCACCUCGGCGUGCUGGAGAAGACGGCCUUCGAGGUUGCCCUUGAGCGGAAGUACAGGGACCUCGCUGACUACCUGGACCCACUGACCACUGUCAGGCCAAAAACAGAUGAGGAGAAGAGGCGGCCUGAUAUUUUCCACGCCCUGAAGAUGGGAAACUUCCAGCUGGUCAAGGAGAUUGCUGAUGAAGACCCCAACCACGUGAACCUGGUCAACGGGGACGGGGCGACCCCACUGAUGCUGGCUGCUGUCACAGGGCAGUUGCCCCUGGUCCAACUGCUGGUGGAGAAGCACGCAGACAUGGACAAGCAAGACAGCGUGCACGGCUGGACGGCCCUCAUGCAGGCCACCUACCACGGGUCCGUGUCUCCCACCAUAAAUAAAGAAAUUGUCAAGUAUCUGCUAAAUCAAGGGGCUGAUGUUGCUCUACGAGCUAAAAACGGGUACACGGCCUUUGACCUGGUGAUGCUACUGAAUGACCCUGAUACUGAACUUGUCCGACUGCUGGCGUCCGUGUGCAUGAAGGUGAAUAAGGACCGCGGUCGGCCCAGCCACCGGCCACCCCUGCCCCACUCGAAGGCCAGGCAACCGUGGAGCAUCCCCGUGCUGCCCGACGACAAGGGAGGCCUGAAGUCCUGGUGGAGCCGGAUGUCCAACAGGUUCCGAAAGCUCAAACUUAUGCAGACACUGCCACGUGGGCUGGCCGCCAACCAACCUUUGCCUUUUUCUGAUGAGCCUGAGCUGGCGCUGGACUCCACCAUGCGGGCGCCCCCCCAGGACAGGACUAGUCACCUUGGGCCACCUGAAGCAGCCCAUGCCACCAAAGACAGUGGUCCUGGGAACCCAAGAAGAGAGAAGGAAGAUGUGUUACUGACAACGAUGCUGCGAAACGGAGCGCCCUUCCCCCGGCUGCCCAGUGACAAGCUGAAGGCCGUCAUCCCACCGUUCCUGCCCCCGUCCAGCUUUGAGCUGUGGAGCUCUGAUAGGUCCCGCACAUGCCACAAUGGAAAGGCCGACCCCGCGAAGACCGUGCUGCCCCCAAGAGCCGGCAGGGCCCACCCUGUGGGCUGCGUGGGCACAGACAGUGCGGCUGGCAGGCCAGUCAAAUUCCCCAGCAUCUCCAGAAGCCCCGCGUCCCCUGCCAGCUCUGGGAGCUUUAACCACUCGCCUCAUUCCUCAGGGGGUGCCAGCGGCGUUGGCAGCAUGAGCAGGCUGGGUGGAGAUCUGCAUAACCGCUCAGGUGGCAGUGUAGACAGUGUCCUGUCCCAGAUGGCUGCUCAGAGGAAAAAGGCAGCUGGCUUGUGUGAGCAGAAGCCCCGCCAGCAGUCCAGUCCCGUGGGGCCAGCGACCGGCUCCAGCCCGCCUGAGCUCCCUGCCUCCCUCCUGGGCAGUGGCCGUGACUCCUCCAGCAGCAAGAAACUGGACCCCAGCAAGCGACCUCCCUCUGGAACUUCUGCUACCUCUAAAAGCACCUCCCCCACCCUCACGCCCUCCCCCUCUCCCAAAGGCCACACCGCGGAGUCCUCGGUGUCUUCCUCCUCAUCCCACCGGCAGUCUAAGAGCAGUGGGGGCUCCAGCAGCGGCACCAUCACCGAUGAGGAUGAGCUGACUGGAAUCCUUAAGAAGUUAUCGCUUGAGAAAUACCAGCCCAUCUUCGAGGAGCAAGAGGUGGACAUGGAAGCCUUCCUCACACUCACUGACGGUGACCUGCAGGAGCUGGGGAUUAAGACGGAUGGUUCCCGGCAGCAGAUCCUGGCAGCCAUCUCGGAGCUGAAUGCGGGCAAGGGGCGUGAGAGGCAGAUUCUACAGGAAACCAUUCACAACUUCCACUCUUCCUUUGAGAGCAGUGCCAGCAACACCAGAGCACCCGGCAACAGUCCCUCCAUGGCAGGAUGGGUAAAGCCGGAAGAAACAGCGUCUAGCAGGAGGUAGCUGCAGCUUCCUUCCUUUGGUGGCUCUGCUGGCCUUGGAGCCCUGAGGCACUGAGGGCUGAGCAGUGAGUGCAUCCCUGCCCUUCCAUUGUGUCUGCUCCUGGGUAAUUUCUUCACCGGAAUUCACAACCGGCUGGCCAGAGCCUCAGAGCUGAGCAGCGGGCAGAGCCUGGGAAGCCCUCCUUGAUGCUUCUGCCUGGCAGAGGCCUGAGAAUAUAUUGGCCAUGCUGGAGGCUACAUGACUGCAGAUAAAACCCUAACCUGGAUGUGCAAGUACCUGCUGCCCUCAAGGCCUGGAACCCUUCUGGAAAAGAUGCUCUGCAGAGAUGAACCCCUGCAGAAGGUGUGGAAGCACCCCACUGUGGCUGCCCGUUGUUGUAAGCAAUCACCAACUGCUCAACCUGUGAGGAAGCUGUCCGGGUUCUGCAGACUGCCAAGGAGAGACCCUCCCUUGGGAGUUCCCUGCUCACUCAUGUGCAGUCCCCAGAGACCUGGCCAGGCUCCCCACUGCUCCUGAGGUGCUACAAACCUGGACUCUGCCACGGUUGUGGUACACACGGUUGUGGCUUCACACAAACGGACAGUGGAGUGAGGUGCAGAGGGGAGCUGUUGAUGAAGAGCCACGUGGGAAGAGAGCAGCAAGCCACCUGCCGCACUGUCUUCAGCUCCUCCUGUCCCACUGGGCUUCCUCCUGGGGCCAAAACCAUACUAGCUGCUGGCCAGAGUCCUGCCAACUCACCUCAGAGCAGGGCCCCAGUUCCUGUGUGAGCCUUCCCUCUAAGUCCAGCAGACAGGGCCCCAGUCAUCUUCAUCAGGAUACCCAGAGGCUGGACACUGGAGUGGCUCCCUGAUGGUCAGAGACCAGGGCACCAUCUUGUUUCAGACCUGCCGUUGGUUUUCAUUUUUCCUUACAUCAGUCACAGCAUUAUUUCUACACAGGGGUGUGAUUCUUGGAACGAUUUUUGCUUGCCAGACUACAUCUAUUAAAAAUGGGGAAUGUG